AGUCAGCACAACAUAACAGAGUGUCUCGCAAAUUCACGUAACUAGCGAGAGCGUAACAAUGGUAAAAUGGCGAGUAGACGUUCUAUUUUGGCUACCACAAUAGACUCUAUACCUUCUACCUCAAGUGAUCCUUUGAGGGAAUUGUUCGAAGCGUGUAAGACAGGUGAUAUUGUACGAGUAAAGAAGUUGGUGACGCCGCAAACAGUCAAUGCUCGCGACACAGCUGGAAGAAAAUCGACUCCAUUGCAUUUUGCAGCAGGCUAUGGUCGCCGAGAUGUGGUGGAGUUCUUAUUGGCUGCAGGAGCAUCCAUACAAGCACGUGAUGAUGGUGGCCUCCAUCCUUUGCAUAAUGCAUGCUCAUUUGGACAUGCUGAUGUCGUGAGACUGUUGUUAGAAGCAGGUGCAAAUCCAAAUACACGAGACAACUGGAAUUACACUCCUCUUCAUGAGGCAGCAAUUAAGGGAAAAGUGGAUGUCUGUAUUGCACUACUGCAGCAUGGGGCAGAUGCCUCAAUCCGUAAUACAGAAGGUAAAACUGCAUUGGAGCUUGCUGAUAGUGCAACGAGACCUGUACUCACGGGAGACUACCAUAAGGAAGAACUUCUGGAAGCAGCACGCUCAGGUGCUGAGGAUCGACUUUUAGCAUUGCUCAACCCGUUAAAUGUUAACUGCCAUGCCAGUGAUGGCCGACGUUCAACACCCCUCCACCUAGCUGCUGGUUACAAUAGAGGACGUGUAGUUCAACUUUUACUGCAGAAUGGAGCUGAUGUGCAUGCCAAGGAUAAAGGUGGCCUUGUACCAUUGCACAAUGCUUGCUCUUAUGGGCAUUUUGAAGUAACAGAAAUGCUCAUAAAACAUGGUGCAAAUGUUAAUGCAAUGGAUCUCUGGCAGUUCACUCCAUUACAUGAAGCUGCAUCUAAGUCUCGUGUAGAAGUCUGCUCCCUGCUCCUUAGUGAAGGAGCUGAUCCGACACUCCUGAACUGCCACUCAAAAUCUGCUAUUGAUGUAGCUCCUACAAGAGAACUUCAGGAACGACUAGCUUAUGAGUUUAAAGGUCAUUGCUUACUAGAAGCAGCAAGGCAAGCAGACCCAGCUAAGGUGAAGAAGUAUUUAAGUCCAGAUGUUGUCAACUUCAAACAUCCUUACACUGGUGAUACACCUCUUCAUUGUGCUGUUGCUUCACCUUAUCCUAAAAGAAAGCAAGUCAUGGAGACACUUAUUCGGAAAGGAGCUCAUCUGAAUGAAAAGAAUAAAGACUUUCUUACUCCAUUGCAUAUAGCAGCUGACAACUCACAUUAUGAUGUAUUAGGCGCACUGCUAAGCCAUGGAGCAAAAAUUAAUGCCGUCGAUGGAUUAGGACAGACAGCUCUUCACCGAUGCGCACGUGAUGAUAAUCUUCAAGCUUGCCGCAUUUUAUUGUCGUAUAAUGUUGACCCAAACAUUGUUUCCUUACAAGGAUAUACUGCUACACAGGUUGCUACGGAGAAUGUUCUUAAAAUUUUACAAGACCCUCCAUCAGGAAGUGCUGAUGUGGAAUGUCAGCUUCUGGAAGCAGCCAAGGCAGGAAACACAGACCAAGUACAAAGGCUUUUAACUUCCUAUCCACAUAUCGUCAAUUGCAGAGAUCUGGAUGGCAGUUCUUCAUUUAACAGGCAUUCUACCCCUCUCCAUUUUGCUGCUGGCUACAACAGAGUGGCUGUGGUGGAAUAUUUACUGGCACAUGGAGCAGAUGUCCAUGCUAAAGAUAAAGGGGGACUCGUUCCGUUACACAAUGCUUGUUCGUAUGGUCAUUAUGAAGUGACUGAACUGCUUGUGAAGCAUGGAGCUAGUGUAAAUGUUGCGGAUUUGUGGAAGUUCACACCUCUACAUGAGGCUGCAGCUAAAGGCAAAUACGACAUAGUACGACUUCUGCUCAAGCAUGGUGCCGAUGCUAGCAAGAAGAAUAGAGAUGGUGCAACUCCUCUGGAUCUAGUGCGUGAGGGUGAUCAAGAUGUGGCAGACCUUUUAAGAGGUAAUGCAGCAUUGCUAGAUGCUGCCAAAAAGGGCAACUUGGCACGGGUCCAAAGGCUUGUCUCAUCAGAGAACAUAAAUUGUAGAGAUGCUCAGGGACGAAAUUCUACGCCACUCCACUUGGCUGCUGGCUAUAACAAUCUGGAGGUAGCAGAAUUUCUUCUGGACCAUGGAGCUGAUGUUAAUGCUCAGGAUAAAGGUGGUCUCAUUCCAUUACAUAAUGCAUCCUCUUAUGGCCACCUAGAGAUUGCAGCACUUCUUAUUAAGUUUAAUACUGUUGUUAAUGCAACAGAUAAAUGGGGCUUCACACCUCUACAUGAGGCUGCACAAAAAGGGCGCACUCAGUUAUGUGCUUUACUGCUGGCACAUGGGGCCGAUCCUUUUCUGAAGAACCAGGAAAGUCAAACGCCAUUGGACUUGGCAUCUGCUGAAGAUGUGCGAUGUCUGUUGCAGGAUGCAAUGGCAUCCCAACAAAAUGUUCCUACAGUACCUGCAUCUGCGCCUCCAUCCCGUCCUCCCUCCAUAGCUAUGGGACCAACAUCUACACCCCUUGCAGUUGCAUUGUCUCCUCCAGCACCUACAGAGACUGUGAUAAUGCCCUCGGGUGCGUCCAUGACACUUUGUAUCCCCAUGUCACGGGGUUGUCUUUCGCCGAUGCCUAAUGCUGAAGGUUGUUGUUCUGCUGAAACUGUCAAACAGGAAGGACUGUCACAAGAUAUUGGGUCAAUAACAACAGUUGCAGGAUUCCUACAAAGGUACAGUCUUGGAUUAGAACAUCUCCUCGAGUUGUUUGAACGGGAGCAGAUAACUCUUGACAUUCUGGCUGAAAUGGGUCACGAAGAUCUCAAACAAGUUGGUGUAAGUGCUUAUGGGUACAGGCACAAACUUAUUAAAGGGAUUGAUAAGCUGUGUGCGAGUGCUGGGUCACUGUGGAUGACUCCUUCAAAUCCUGGCACUCUAUUGGUUGAUCUUCUAGUUGAAGACAAAGAAUUUCUAGCUGUUGAAGAAGAGAUGCAGUCAACAAUUAGGGAACACAGAGAUAAUGGUCAUUCUGGUGGAGUUUUUUGUAGAUAUAAUAUUGUCAGGAUUCAGAAAGUGCAGAAUAGAAAGCUCUGGGAGAGAUAUUCACAUCGACGGCAAGAGGUGGCUGAAGAAAAUGUGAAUCAGCCUAAUGAACGAAUGCUUUUUCAUGGAUCACCGUUCAUAAAUGCAAUUGUACAAAAGGGCUUUGAUGAGCGACAUGCCUACAUUGGAGGCAUGUUUGGUGCAGGCAUUUAUUUUGCUGAACACUCCUCAAAAAGCAAUCAGUAUGUUUAUGGGAUUGGAGGUGGUAUUGGAUGUCCAGUACACAAAGACAGAUCCUGUUAUAUUUGCCACAGGCAUUUGUUGCUGUGCAGAGUUACUUUAGGGAAGUCAUUCCUACAAUUUAGUGCAAUGAAAAUGGCCCAUGCACCACCUGGUCACCACUCUGUAAUGGGACGACCCAGUGCUGGUGGUCUGACGUUUCCUGAGUACGUUGUGUACAGGGGAGAACAGGCUUAUCCAGAAUAUCUCAUCACUUACCAAAUUGUGAAGCCAGAGGAGAGCCCAACAAGUGGAGAACUAGAGAGCAGAUGAUUGGUGACUCUGGCAGGCAGUGGGCCAGUUCCCACUCCCUCUGAGACAAGGCCCCAGGACUGUUGCUGCAAUGGUGGCGAGCUGUUACAGUUUGCCCUGCAUUGCUUGCACUGGCUGUCUGUGGCACAGCCACCUAGCAUAUGCAAGACUGAUGACUGGAAUGACGCAGACCAGUGGCCCACUUAGUGCGCUAUUGAUCAUGCUACAGACAUUCUUACAAUCCCAGCAGUAUUUCUCUAACAUUGCCAUUAUUUAAAGGAAGGGGAAAUUUAUAUUAUGGUUGUUACCAAAAAUAUAAAUUAAGGAACUGAGA